AUGAACUCACCGUGGAAGUUAAUUGCAGCAUUUUUACAUUCUUUCAAGCAUAUCAAGGACACUUACGUGGUUGCGGUAGUACCGUUUUGGCCGACAGCUGAGUGGUUUUCACUGUUGAAUAGCCUCACUCAGGGCACGCCAUGGAUAGUGCCGCACACGGAGGAUACAUUCCUGCAUAGGGGACAACGUAUUCUGGGGUUACCACCAUGGCAAUAUUAUUUGGUAGUGGUGUUGCAGGGUGGUCGACCACGGCCACCGCCGCUACCGCAGAGUUUCUGGGCGAGAUUGGGGUUGAGCAGAGCACCCCCCUCGUUACAUGUUUUGGGGUACUCGUUAGUACCAUAUUGCACAGGCAUCACGGGGCCGUCCAGCACGACACCGCGGAUCCCGGUUACCAGCACACAGGACAAAUCAUGGAAGUGGUUGGGGGCGAAGAAGGCACCAUCGCUAAGUGACACGGUGCAAUCACCCCGACAAUGUAAAUCUGGGACAGGCAAGGCCAUGCAGUCGCCAUUGUACAGCAGGGAAGACAACACUGAGAAACAAUUGGCAUGUCAGUUGGUACAUCAGGAUGGCUUAGCAAGAUCUGAUGGUCAGCAAAUGGUCGUGUACACACCUCCGAGCUUGGAAGUAGCAAAGAAUAUGAGAGAAUCAGACGAUGAAUCGCCACCCCGAUUUGCACAGUCGUGGAUGGCAGCUGACAACGCAUUGCAACAAUAG